GCGUCACUUAGUGAUACUGUAAACCUCUGGAAGAAUUUGCUAGCAGGACAAAAUUAUUCUGUGCUACAAAAGUGUGUUAUGAAAUUCACUGUGGAGCCAUUCAAAGCAGAGCAUGCAAAAGAUAUCACUGACCUUGCUGCUCUUGUAAACAUCCAGGAUGACAUCUGUAACAGCAAUCCAGAGUCACUAGAUGCUGUCAAAGAAAUCCCUGCUGUAAAAAACCUUAAAAGUGUCAUAUAUGGACUGGGAAAGAAUCAUGGACAAGAUGGGUUUCUGAAACUUGUUGACAUUCUUCCAAAGCUUCCUGGGCUACAAGUGUUAGACUUGAGUAACCUUACAGAAAAUCACAUUGGUGAUAAAGGCGUAGAAAAACUGGUGGAGAAAUUUCCAGAGCUGCAGACUCUUCAUAUACUGGACCUAUCACAAAACAAUAUUACGGGAAAGGGGGCAAAGAAACUAGCAGCUGCACUUCCAUCCCUAUGCUCACUACAGACCCUAAGAAUGUGUCACAAGCAUAUGAAUAAAUGA